AUUUUCCUCUCUCAAAUCUCUAAAAACAGGGGAGUUUCCUGAAAAGGUGCAUUUUCCGCUGAAUUGUUGUUGGAUUGACGUUCGGUGCGGAUUCCCAUGACAACCGGGACGGCUCUUUUGUUUUCGAUCGGGAGUUUCGUGUCGUCGUGGGGUGGUCUUUUAUCAACUCCGGAUGGUUGCUUCGAGAUACGCGAGAUUGAGUUAAAAUUGGUGGAUGAUUUCGCAAGCGGACCUACCCUCUGCAGUUAUGGCUAGUGCUGCAGCAGUGAGACAGCUCGUACCGUUCGGACUAUAACUCGCAACCUAACUGGCCACUCUGGAGUGUGGAUCAAAAAAGAGACUCUUCCAACUAUCGACGGCGACGGAAUUGACCAGCAAGCGGAACCCGCUACUCGGAUCAGGAUGGCGGUGGCCGCGCGUAUCAACUGGGGGGAGCUGUUCCCCAGCCGCAAAAGCAUCUUCAUUUUUCUCACUUACAUGUCGCUGUUCGUAAGCCAGGGCAUUCUGGUGACUGCAUCCCAGCGAUCCGAUAACUCGUACAGCUACAACACGGUACUGGUGGUGCUACUAACCGAAAUGCUGAAGCUGGUGAUAUCGGCCGGUCUCUACUGUCGCGAAAACAGCUUCUCAUCGCUUAUCGCUCGUGUCGUCGAGGGUAGUAGCGUGCUGCUGCUCUAUUUCGUCCCGGCCUUUCUCUACUGUCUAUACAACAACCUAGCGUUCAUAAAUCUGUCCACGUUCGAUCCAACCACCUACUAUUUGCUGCUACAGCUGCGUGUCGUCAUUACCGGGAUACUAUUUCAGAUGAUUUUUAAGAAAUAUCUAAGCCGAAGACAAUGGUUCUCGCUCCUUUUGCUGACGUGCGGUUGCAUGCUAAAGCAGUGGAACUUUUCGAGCCUUUUCUCCGCAUCAAACGCAUCGGAAGCGCUUGUGGACAAGAAUGAUGGCAACGCGAUGGUUGCAGGAGCGAAUCCCGCCGAUACCAGUGUAGACGGUACCUUCCGAGGUAAAAACAUUUCCGGUUUCGAUCUGAGCUUCAGCGCGCUGCUCAUUCUGGUGCAGACGGUGUGCUCCUGCUUGGCCGGUGUCUACAACGAGUACCUGUUGAAACGGAAGGGUUCCGACAUUAACAUCUACGUCCAGAAUGUGUUCAUGUACCUCGAUUCGAUCGUCUGCAAUUUGCUGCUGCUGUUGCUGCAGGGUGAACUGAUCGGUGCGUUCACGGUUGAGCACUUGCGCGAAGUCGCAAAGUUCGAGGUACUGAUCAUUAUGCUCAACAAUGCGGCCAUUGGUAUCAUUACGAGCUUCUUUCUCAAGUACAUGAAUUCGAUCCUGAAAACGUUUGCCAGCGCACUGGAGCUCAUGUUUACCGCCGUCCUUUGCUACGUGCUGUUCGCGAUACCGAUCUACUUGAACACGAUGCUAGCGAUCGGAGUCGUCUCGUACGCCAUCUACCUAUACUCGUUAAACCCGGUCGUUAAUUUAGCCAACAAACCCGGGAACCAGGUCUCUGCCGACGAUCGGAAAACGUUGCUUAAGGGGACGGGACGAUCGAGGGCAACGAAUACGAGUGAUACUGACGAGGAAGACGAGAGUCACCGGAUGGUGGAGGUGUGAUGGUUGCCUGCCUGAUGGUUUUUGAGGCAUAAAAUGCAUUCUUCUCGUCACAGCCUAGCGGCAAAGCGGUGUGCUUUAUCUCUAUUUAUUGCCUUGAGAUGAGAAGAAGGAGUUUUGUCGUAGACAAAAGUGUCAGUACGAUACAGAACAAACGAGCACACCUAAUGAUCUGAAUUCUACACUUGGAAAGUGUAGCAGACAUUGGGGUGCACAAAACAUAUACAAUCAAAUGUACCAUUUACCAUGGCGUGGUUGGUCAAACAAUUAUUUCUCUUUUGUUGUCUUUUACCUCUAUUUUAUACGCUAAGUAACAUUGAGUGCGGACGGGAAAAUUAGACGAUCACCACAUCGGUGUAGUUCGAAGGGUCCGUUAACCAGAGUAUUCAAAAUUGAGGAGGUAUACAGUUAGAAUAAUUUAUUUCAAAUAAGAGUUUUUGCUUUUCCAAUAAAUGUACAUGUUAAACAUGACUUUAACUAAAACAA